UUGGACGUAAUUCACUUGCGUUAAAGACUUCUGGAAGUUUAUGUCAUGUCCCGUUUUAGUUCAUUACACUGAAGUGUCACAAUUUUCUGAGGAAUAAGAACAAUAUGUGCUUAAAGGUGGAAAUUACAUAAACAAAUUAAGAACCAGGAAGUGAUUACUGGAUUAAGGAUUGUUGGAAACCAAAGUUCAAGCAUUUAAUUUUUCUGUACCGAAGACCUGAUGACGCUUUGUAAAUUAUAAAGAGCGAAACUAGCCGUCUGGGGUAAAUCAAAGUGAUUGUGAGUACGUGUCAACAUGGACUGGGAACUCGAACGACACAACUCAACGAACGACACAUUCGACCCCAACGCCAUCUACAUAGCCCAGUUCCCUUUGAUCACACGCAUCCUGGGAGUCAUAGUAGGCGUGCUAUCCACCACAUCUAACGUACUUACCAUCCUCACAGUAUCCAAAUACGCCACCUUGCACAACAGAACUUACUGGUACAUAGUGAAUUGGUGCCUGUGUAACGUGUUCAUCACUGCGUCAUUGCCGUACAUGUACAACUCUUUUGGUAUCAUCAAUGUUAUGAACGAGAGCAUUCUUUGUAUUUGGGAUGAAAACGCCUUCAACUUCUUAACUGGGAACCAAAUUUUUGUUGCUAUUAUCGUUAUUGAUUGGUAUAUAACGACUUUCGCCAAUCAACGGAAAUGUGCUAUAAGAUGUAGAAAAGCUUUUAAGACAUUUAUUGUUUUAGUUUGGUUGUUCUUAUUAAGUCUUAUUUUGGUGACAACGUCUUUGUGCGUCAGUAGUUUAAGCUUUCCUGUUCCCAUUAUCUGUUAUGCAUGCACCUACGUCGGUAUCUUCGUUCUCAUAAUAAUAAUAUUUAUACUAAGAUGCGUCAAAUUAAAAAACUCUAGUGUUAUCUACGAAAAAAGCAAGCUAGAAUUCAGGUUAGCUUUCUCUUAUUUUUUAUGUUGGUUAUUCAACACUCUAUUCUUGCUAAACAUAAAUUAUUUCUACGAACAUUUUUCGUCUUCUACCAAUCAUAUCAUAUUACAAAUGUCUAUGAUGGUAGGCUUCUGUCACGCGGUGGUGUUAUUUGUUAUAUUGUACAUAUUGGAUAAAAAUUUUAGGUUAUGUUUAAGGACUCUGUUUCAUUUACCUGUAAGUGAUAUUGAUCAUGAAAGAAGAGUUAAACAAGAUUUACUGGAGUUUCUGUGAAAUAUAACAACUUUGUGUUUUAUUUUAA